AUGCCAGCUGAGGCCCCCAACCCGUCGGCACGGCUACUGGAGCCCCCGGCUACUUUUUCAAGAGAAGCAAACAAACGCCUCAUGUACACCCGAGCAAAAGCAGACGCCGCACUGCAAACCGUAAAGAGUCAAAUCACCCCCCAGACCUCUCAGCUGCUGCUAACGCCUUCUCCUCUGGCUGCUGCAGAUGCAGCAACAGCAGCAGCAGCAGCACCAGCAGCACCAGCAACAGCAGCAACAGCAGCAGCAGCAACAACGGCAGCAAGUCCAAUAGUAGCAUCAGCACCCCCCGCAGCAGCAGAAGUAGCAGCAGCAGCAGCAGCAGCAGCAGUUGCUGCUAGCCUCAGCUGCAGCAGCACUUCUCCCUUUCAGAGGACGGAGACAGCUCGGGCGCCUUUGCUUGAGCAGCAGCUGCAGCUGCAGCAGCAGCAGCAGCAGCAGCAGUUGCUGCAGCAAGUUCUUCAGCGGCAGCAACAACAACAGCAGCAGCAGCAGCAGCAGCAGCAACUGCAGCAGCAGCAGUGUGAUUCAGAGCCUUUGUCUGGCGUUGCCGUCUCUGCUGCUGCAGUAGUGGAUUUGCUGCCAGCAAAAUCCAGCCCGCUGUCUGUUGCAGCACAGCUGCAGCAGCAACUGCAGCAGCAGCUGCAGCAGCAGCUGCUGCAGCAGCAAGAGUCUUUAAUGCCGAUUCAAACGCCUCAGCAUUGGGGGCCUCAAGCUGCAGCAACACCAGCAGCAGCAGCAGCAGCUACUGCUGCUGCUGCUGCUGCACAGAUCCCUCCACUCCGUCAACAGUUGCAACAGCUACAACAACAGCAGCAGCAAGAGCAGCAGCAACAGCAACAGCAGCAGCAGCAGCAGCAGCAGCAGCAGCAGCAGCAGCAGCAGCAGCAGAUGCAGGUGCUAAGGGGCCUGUGGUAUGUGAAGGGGCCCUCUGAGCUUCGCCUUUCUGGCAGGGGGCCCCCCACCUCUUCCUUUUCUUCCUCAGCAGCAGCAGCAGCAGCAGCAGCAGCAAAACAUAUUGCUGCUGCUGUUGCUGCUGCUGCUCUAUCAACACUGCCUCAGGCUGUCACCGGCGCAGCUAUUGAGGUCCAGCGGUUUGACGUCUCCUUAUAG